GNAUCCACGAUCGAGCACAAGUUAAUUCCGACCAGAAGAACAAGUUCAAAUUGCGCUUUUUCAACCACAAACUACUACAUGAAGCAGGGAAGUAUUCAAGAUGAGAGGACGAAUAUUCGCGAGAUGUUGCUUAGAGUUCGCAAAGACAAACAAAAUGAAAUGGAGUUUAUGUUUGGAGACCCGCGUCUCCGUUCAGGGAUAGAGAACAAAGUGCCAGCCCCGUUGAGGCGCGUUGGUAUUGUCCAUUUUUUAUUUCACAACAUGUUGGUCAACAUACAUAUAAAAUUAGAACAAAAAAUGGAAUAG